AGUUUCAAAGCAUUUUAAUGCUUAUGUCAAAUUACAAAAUUACUAUAACCAUGUUAAAUUAUACUUGUAUAUAAACACGUGCAAGUGUCAUAUAGAUAACUACUACCUUGUUCCGUGCACAGUGGAGAAUAGAUGUUAUAUCUAAAUACAAAAUGAAGCUAUUUUAUUUGACAAUGAGUAUCAUGUUAAUCAACGCACUACGUAUCUAUGGAUGCAGAUGCCCCAGGAAACAAUCACCACAAGAAAAGUACUGUCGAUCUGACUUUGCCAUCCUUGCUAAAGUUACCGGAAGGAGAGACCCGUUACCCAGUGGAUCACAACAUAUCACUUAUAGUGUGGAUGUCCGAAGAGUUUACAAAGGGGGUCCAGCCAACAGAGGGUCUGCUGAAAUUCACACUCAUGUUUCCCCCUUCUGCAGCGUAAAUUUAAAUAUUGGCGAUGUCUACCUGAUUAAUGGUAAUUACAACGGGGAGCUAAAGAUAGACUCCUGUCACAUGAUACGAGUGUUGCCAUUGAGAGACGAGAGUGCAGAUUUCCCCACACUUACAAGCAACUGCGGUCCAUGGUUAACGCAACCAUACCCUAAACCUCUGAGGUUUUAGAUUCUACGAAGUCUUACAGAAAAGGAGAAACAAAUAUGGCUGCAUUCUAUUAAAACUGAAAGCCUGUGAACUUUCCAUAAUAUACAGUGUAUUGAUAUUUCUAUAGUUAAAGAAAAAUACUUUGAAUUACA